AUGAAGCAAUUCUUGAUGGACAUUCUGAUUUCAGUUGGAGGUGUUGCUUCUGAGGCAAGUGGAGUUGAGGAGAACCAUUAUGGUUUAAGGGAGAAUACUUCAUGCUUGUAUAGGAGGGGGAAAGCAGUAGCUACAAGCCUAGUUGAGGAAGAUGACGAUGGAGUUGAAGAUGAUGAUGAGCAAAAGACACGGUGCUUCACUUCAGCACCUCAUACCGCUGCUGUACCGCUUAAAGUGAUGAAGCAGGGUCAAUCAGAAACAACCUCUUUACUCACCUCGGAGGUGAGUUACGGUCUGUGUGCAUUCUACCUUUCCCAGACCUCACUUUGUGGGAAUGCACUGGAAGGAGCUAAGAAACAUCACAUGAAUGAGUUGUUGAAGUCAUAUGGUGGCCUAUCUUAUGGGCAAAAUGGCAGCCAUUUUGAACCAAGGACUGUUCCGCCCCCUUUGUCGAAGAAGUGCGACUGGGAGAUUGAUCCUACUGAGCUGGAUUUCUCAAACUCAGUAAUGAUUGGGAUGGGGUCUUUUGGUGAAAUUCUAAAAACUUGUUGGCGUGGAACACCUGUAGCUAUUAAGCGCAUUCACCCCAACCUUUCAGAUGAUCAAUUGGUGAUUCAGGAUUUCAGACAUGGUAAUUUGCUGGUGAAGCUUCGUCAUCCAAAUGUGGUGCAAUUUCUUGGAGCUGUUACUGAGAAGAAGCCCUUAAUGUUAAUAACUGAAUACUUGAGAGGGGGUGACCUUCAUCAGUACCUCAAGGGGAAAGGUGCGCUAAGUCCAUCUACAGCAGUUAAUUUUGCAUUGGAUAUAGCUAGAGGCAUGGCUUAUCUUCACAAACCAAAUGUUGUAAUCCACAGAGAUUUAAAACCCAGGAAUGUUCUCCUUGUCAACUCCAGUGCGGACCAUUUGAAAGUUGGGGAUUUUGGAUUGAGCAAGCUAAUAAGGGUUCAAAAUUCCCAUGAUGUUUAUAAAAUGACUGGCGAGACUGGGAGCUAUCGAUAUAUGGCUCCUGAAGUUUUCAAGCACCGGAAAUAUGACAAGAAGGUUGAUGUCUUCACUUUUGCAAUGAUCUUAUAUGAGAUGCUAGAGGGUGAUCCACCACUGUCACACUAUGAACCAUAUGAAGCAGCAAAAUUUGUAGCUGAAGGACACAGGCCAAUGUUCAAGGUGAAAGGUUUGACCCCAGAAUUGAAAGAGUUGGUAGAGGAAUGCUGGGCUAAAGAUGUGAACAAGAGACCUUCGUUCUUGGAGAUUCUAAAGACACUUGAAAAAAUCAAACAAGUCUUGACGUCAGAUAAUCAUUGGAACAUCUUCACCUAAUGAUAGAAAUGCAAGAAAUGAGCAGACAUUAAAAUGAUGUAUUUGGUGUACAUGAAUCUCUCUCUUUGAUGUGCUUGUAUAUAGGAUCAACCAGCUGCUGUCUGAAAGGGCUUUCGCUGUAACUAAUUCUGUAUGCACCAUUUGAUAUUGUAUAUAGAUAUUUCAACAUGGUCCCUGAGUGAGUAUAUUUGACCACAAAGUUUGUCUACUGGACUUGUAUUUAAAAAGUUCAUUGAAGUUCAUUUUAUUCUAA